AUGAUUACUCACGAUAUCACCGCUCAGUUCCACUCAGCGACGCGCCAUGUCACUGCUGGCACUUUGGUCAAAGAUGAUCACUUUUCCUUAUUUGAGGCCGUUGGGGCUCUCGAGAUUGGAGAUCCCAAGAUGGAUAGUGGGUGUCUCGAGCCAGGAGAGUCCCUUGAUCAGGAGUUUGAUAUGACAAAAGAUAUUCUUCCCGAAGAACUAAUCUGGCUUAUGGAUGAAUUGCUAAAUCGAGAGGAAGAGGACUUUACAACACAACUCUUCAACAGAGAAUUACUUCACAAGUUUGCUGGGGAGAGUAUCUCGCAGAUUGCCUUCGAAGCAUUAAUCGCUGUGGGCGAGUCUCAGAUCAACCCACAACUUAAAGAUGCUAUAUCUGCUCGCCUCGGGUUUCGACACGAGGUCUUGGGUAUGUUGAUGAAACAUACAAACAGUGAGGCACCACCAAGUUCUCACACCACGACGAUGCAUCAGUCUCUUGACGCACAACAGAAGAGUCAACCUCUUAGCAAACCUGUCUCCGAAGCUUUCAGCACUAAACUACAACGGCGCCUUGCGAGCACGGUACCUCCACGUCCUAUGGUGACUGUGUCUAUGGACCAAGCGUGGAACUUCUGGCAUCAAAUGCUUGACGAUUGCAGCAAUAUCUUCAGCGUUCGACAAGCGACUCACAGCCAAGACCUAUAUAUUGCUUACCAGAUCUUCGCAUAUAGCUCACCACAGCCUUCAACAUAUCCUCGUGCUUUGCUGCAAAUGUUCUUGACUAACGAGAAUCUUGUUGGCUCUCGAAUUGAGCCUUCAUAUUUUCUCGAGGAAGACAUACGAUCGUUGACUUUGCCAGCGUCACAGCUUCUUAGAGUUGCCAAUGGCACAUACGGGAGGUUCUGUCAUGGCAAUCAGAGAGUUGCGGAUGCAAUGCAAGAGUUCAUUGAUAGAUUCGAGCACAACUUUGUCAACCUAUACCGGGCGUUGUGCCUGAACAGCUGUCGCAUGCGAAGAACCUUCUGUCACGCACUACUCGAAUGGGACAACUUGCAGGCUCAGGUCGAAGAACUAGAUGCCAUCAUACAAGAGGCGGUACACGAACAACGUACGCCAUACCUGCCAGGCUCACCACCUACCUUCUCAUUCAGUCUGAGUAGCUGGAUUUAUCACCACAAACUGAACAUUCUUCAGCUCACAAUUCAGAUGGGCUUCGAGCUAGCAAUCUAUGCUCCCCACGAACUUGCAGGCAUGUACUGGUAUCUGUCGAGUAUAUGCGACAUCCAUCUUAGCCAUCUCGAGCGCAUUAGCCACUUCGUCACUGCUAAGGAUACUGAGGUCAAGCGAUCAAAGAUGACGCCGGCAGUCAAAGAGAAAGCCAUCAAAGAAUGUAAGGAUGCGCUAGACAGGCUAUACAAGCAAUAUGCUUGGAUCAAGGCCACGCAGUUGCUCGCAGGUACUAUGCAUGGUAUCUUUGUCGUUCUGCAGCGUUAUGGUGUCUUCGUCAAUCAACAACCACUAUACUCCUCAGACAUGAUGCGGUACGAGAUCCGCAUGAAGCCUUUCUUGGGCCUCUCGAUUCCAGAACCUCUCUCGCAUGACGACUCUGAAAGAGAAGUACAGAUGCAGAACAUCGAUACUGAGGAAAUCCUUGAUCAGGUCACAGGUUUUAGCGCCGAUGCAAAGAAGGCUUGGGAGGAGGUAUCCAAGACGACAUGGAACAUGUUCCCGAUCACGAACGAUGUUAACCAUGCUUCUGUACUGACCGAAAGACGGACGGCUGAUUUGAAAGAUUGUCUCAAAGCGGCAAUAGCUGCUAGCCUUUGUGUAUUGUCACUUAAGAAAGCUCUGAAAAAUGAUGCAUGGAAGGAGAAGGCACAAAAGGAAGCAAGACUGCCUGCGCCAGGUGUCAAAGGUCGAUGGCAUCGAUGGUGGAUACUGCCUGCUUUACCUCCUGUCUGA